AUGGAUACAUCAAGAGCACCCACAACCGUUAAAACGGUCGGCUACAUCGGCCUCGGCAACGCUGGGUUCUCCAUGGCAUCAAACCUCCCCAAAACCGGCUUCAGCGUAGUAGUAUACGAUAUUGACACUGAGAGAGUACAGAAGGCUGCAAAGGAAUGGAAGAACACUACAGCUUCCGAUGGUAGUGCCGAAUCGUUCAAGGACUGCGACAUGAUUGUCACCAUGCUACCGCAAGGCAAGGUGGUCCGCGAAGUCAUCAUUGGAAAGGGGAUCGACAAAGCACUCAAGCCUGGCACAAUCAUAGUCGACACCUCCUCAUCCUCACCCUUCGACACACAGUCCCUCGGCCGCGAACUUGCCGCACACAAACUCACACUCGUCGACGCACCCAUUACACAAACCUACAUGCACGCAACUGACGCCGGCGAAUCGACACUCAUGGUUGGCGCCGACUCUCCCGAGAUCUACGAGGCCGUCAAGCCCGUACUCUCAGCAAUGGCAGGUUACCUAUUCCAUAUGGGUCCCCUCGGCUCUGGCCACGCCAUGAAAACACUCAACAACUACAUCAUGGCAUCCAGCAUCUGCGCACUGAACGAUAGCCUCGUAACAGGCCAGAAAUGGGGUCUGGAUCCGCAGAAGAUGAUCGACGUGCUGAACGUCGGGACGGGCGUAUGCUUCCCCACGCUGGACACGUUUCGGCGCGAUGCGCUGCCGAGAACAUUCAACUCUGGGUUUGGGCUUGCGCUACUCGUGAAGGACUUGGGCAUCACGCAGGAAUUCAUGGAUAACAGUCAGUUCGAAACGGAGUUGCCUGGGCUACUGAAGAGGUAUCUGGGAGACGCGUUAAAGGAAGUGGAUGAGCGGGCUGACCAUACGGAGUCGUUGAGGGGGUGGGAGAAGAGGGCGGGAUUUGAGGUGAAGAAGACUGAGGAGGUGCAGAGGAUUCCUGAGGAGGACUUUAAACACCGGUUGGAGGGUGUCAACAGGGAGUUGUAG